AUAAUACCAAAAAACACAAAAAAAUGCGUAUGUUCAAGUUUCCACAUCACUCAUUGAUUGCCAACUCUGUUUUUGCUCCUUCGGGUUCUGCCCAAUAAUUCAAUCAUCGCCAUUUUUCUUCUCUCUUUGUCUUCUUUCUAAUGCGGAAAAUCACCAGAUUCUUCUCUGAAUUCUUCUGUGUUGAUUGACAGAGCUAUCCAUCCAGUGACUGUUUCUUGCUGUUCUUGUUGUGUUGUUGGGUGGUGGGUUUGAGCUGAUUGAGCCAUUUUUCAUGGGCAUUAACUCUGUUCCUUCUUCCCAUCUUCCUUCCUUGCUGGUUCUUCAUCAUCAAUGGCGGAUUCUCUUUGUUCCUCGUUUUUGAGCCUCCAUAGAUUACCUAUUACUCGAUUCGAUCUCUUGCUUAUCUUCCUUCAUUCCCUUUUAUAGCUUUUGCCCGUUUCACCGGGGUUUCCGGUUUCUCUCUGUCUCUCUCUGUCUGCCGUUCAGUUCCCGAGAUUUUUGAGAGCUAACGAAGCGAACCUCGAGAGGUGAAGAGUGAUCAUGGCAUCGGUGUUUCUGUAUCAUGUGGUUGGGGAUCUGACUGUAGGAAAGCCGGAGAUGGCGGAGUUUUAUGAGACGGAGACGAUCGAAACGGCGAUUAGAGUGAUCGGAGAAUCGACGGAGUGUGGGAUACCGAUUUGGAAGAGGAAAACUCAUGUGGGAAUUAUUGAGAAUGCUGAAAUGAAACAGCAGAGAUUUGUGGGAAUUCUCUCUUCUUUGGAUAUUGUUGCGUUUUUGGCUCGAACGGAGAAUCUAGAGGAUCAAGAAAGGGCAAUGAAGGCCCCAGUUUCGGAGGCUGUCAUUCCCAACUAUUCAUUGUUGAGGCAGGUCGAUCCUGCAACAAGAUUGAUUGAUGCAUUGGAAAUGAUGAAGCAAGGUGUGAGGCGUCUUCUAAUCCGAAAAAGUGUGGUGUGGAAAGGAAUGAGCAAACGGUUUUCCAUUCUCUAUAAUGGUAAGUGGUUGAAGAACAUCGAUACCACUGGCAGUAGCAGCAAUAACCUCAAUGUAAACACUAACCGCCCAUCAUCGUCUUCCACAUCCUCCGGUCACGAUAAGUUUUGUUGUCUCUCAAGGGAAGAUGUCAUCCGUUUCCUUAUCGGUUGCCUUGGUGCCCUUGCACCUCUCCCUCUAUCCUCCAUCUCUACUCUUGGGGUCAUCAACCCAAACUACUGUUCGAUUGAUGCCUCGACUCCUGCAAUCGAUGUUACUCAUAAGCUUCCUGAUGAUCCUAUUGCAGUUGCUGUUGUAGAAAACAUGCAUGAUAAUCAAUACAGGAUAAUUGGAGAGAUUUCAGCCUCCAAACUCUGGAAAUGCAAUUACUUGGGUGCUGCUUGGGCUUUAGCCAACCUUUCUGCUGGGCAGUUUGUGAUGGGAGUAGAAGACCACAUGACCUCACGAAUGGUCCCUGAUCUAUCUGCUAACGGUAACGUUGAUGAGACCGACUCUGCAAAUGGUGGUGGAGCAACACGGGCAAGGAAAUUCAGCAGUAGAAGUAUCGGAUUCAACCCGUCGAGCCCAGCAUUCAGGAUCAGUCGGAGCAUGUACCGAGGAAGAAGUGCUCCCUUGACAUGUAAAGUAACAAGUUCAUUGGCUGCUGUUAUGGCUCAGAUGCUUUCUCAUAGGGCAAGCCAUGUCUGGGUUACUGAGGAUGAAAAUGAUGAUAUUUUGGUUGGAGUUGUGGGUUAUGCUGAUAUUUUAGCUGCUGUUACGAAGCAGCCUACGUCGUUUAUACCCGCUAAUCGAUCCUUCGAGGCGCUCGGAAAUUCUAUUCAAAGCUAAUAUUUUCUCCCUCAUCAAUUCUACUGCUCUUUGUACUUAAUUUACAUUUAUAUAGGUGUGUAUAUGAGAGAGAUUUGAGCUUCUUGUAAACUUGUUGCUUUUGAUCGCUCUUAAAUUUUUUUGACAAUAUCGUUGUCAAUGGAAUUCCUCUUUUUUUUCCCCCAAA